CAGAGAAAAGGAAACUUUUUGCGAAUAUUGCCUUUGCGCCACCAAAUCGAAAACCUAUUUUGAAGAAUGGAAGCGAAGAUUGGCUGGGGAGCACUCUUCCGAAGAGCGGCCAAGCGAGCUCCGGUUUCUCGUUUCUUCGGCUCCGCGCGGAUUCUUCGGGCUUCGCAGAGUCAGUUUGAGUCGAGCGUUCGAACGGUGCGCACCUGUUGACGGUUUUCGGUAGGUGAGCGUGGAUUGUGGCCAGAAGCUGAAGAAGCCAUCGCCGGUUAGCCGCCAUCGGGCCCAUGUGCGUGUGUGAGUGCGUUCGAGUCUAUGAAAAGUGAAUAACUUAGGAGGCAUGCGUUUCGUUUGGCCUAAACCAACUGGUGAAAUUUUCCAUUAUUGGCGUUAUUUAUGUGCAAAAUCUAAUUGAAAAUAACGUGCAUUAGUGCUGCACGCAAAAACAUCAAUCAAAUCUCGGGGAUUUCAAUCGUGUGAUUAAUGGAAACGCUUAGAGCAUAAAUACACUCGGUCAAAGCAAAACAUGCCUCGCCAAAGCGCGGUUGAUCAAUAAAACAACGACAUACCGAAAAUAAAUAAAAUAAGCCCCUGACAAUAAGAAGAAGAAAGAAGAAAAGAGUGUGCCCGCGGAACGCGCAGUUUAUGCAAACAUGCGACGAAAGCCACAGAACUUAACACACACUAUACCAUCGAGUAGAGCCGGAGACAGAGGCGGAGGCGGAGGAGGUGAAGCAGCAGGUCGGGACACCUCCCGGCCGUCAGCGAUUUCCAACAAUAGAAUGCCAAGAGACCAUCGACACUUGAUGGCCAUGGUCGUGUCGACGUUGCCACUGGCUCUUCUGCUGCUCCUCGUUCAAACAACAGCUGGCCAGCACGAAAGCGUCUCCCAGAUCUCGCCUAAGUCGAGCAGCCACCGCAACCCGGCCCGCCAGAUGAUCGAGAGCACCAUGGCGGACUCCAUUAACGGCCUGGCCGAGGGUCCAUCAUCGCCCCUGGACGUGAACGAUAACGAAACGCGGGCGGAGCGCGUGGAGCGCUCAGCGUCGCCCAUUUUGCGUGACCAGCAGCCAAUCGGACCCAACGACGUGCACUACCCGGAGGAUGUGGAGAAGGACGUGUCCGCCGGACGGUACUUCCACUACAACAUCAAGCCCACGGGUACGUUCGACAACCAGGAUGAGCAGCCCGAGCGCACGCACCAGGGGAUCAGGGCUGGGAAGACUCUGUCUCGAGGUGGCAGCAGCGCAGAGCAGUCUUUUUUAGGGCGGGGGGACCUGCGACCGCUAGUGUCGGGGUCCCCGAUCCGGCCGAGUACGAGCAGUACUGCCACCUCAGCGAUGGCAGCCAGUGCCACCCAGGCGCCGCAUAGUCCGCGCCAGAACGGAAACCCCGACAUCCAGGACAUCAUAACAGGUAUCGUCAAGCUGCUGAACGGCAAUGUCAAUGUCCACGCUAAUACACAAGGUAUCAGGCGGCCCUCGGCCAGCAGGAUCAACAAUCGGGGCCCACCGCGGAUCUCCGAGACCCAGAACCUGCCCAUCGACUACGAGGCUCAGAAGCCCGGGACUUCGAUGCGUCCGCCGCCGUAUCCCUUCGAUCGGCCGGAACGACCCUUCAUUACUGGUGUUCCCAUUCCCGAGCAGAUUGUGCCCGUGCGUCCGGGAUUCGUGAGCAAUCGUCCGCCCUGGUACCGCAACAAGCCACGCCCACCCAUCGCCACCAGUGUGGGCGGCAAUAGGAGACCCCUGCCCCAAUAUAAGCCUCUCCCAGCUCCGCCAGCGCAAGCGCCUCUUCAGCCGCAGGAGCUACCGGAUAGAAAGAACGAGCAGGAGAAGGAGCAGGAGCAGAAUCAUCAGGAGCAGUCGCAACCGACUGAUGAUGCGGUGCUGCCCACCGACACCACAUACGACUCGGAGUUCUCCAACGAAGAUGCCAAUGCCCAGUACAUCGAAGUGUCCGAUCAGGAUACGGACGGCGCUGGCGGAGAAGUAGAAGACGAGCUGCAACCGCCUCCCCCUCCACCGUCCACAACCAAGAGUCCAACAACUUCCCCAACGAGUCCCUCAAAGAAGAAGCACAAGCCAAAGCCAGGAAGCGAGAAGAAUAAGCUACCCGAGGAGUCUCCCCACGAUGAGGGCUUCACCACCAUUAUUGAGACCAGUUCCGUGGUGCACACCGUGAUGGGCAUGUCCUCCACGUAUGUGCCCAUGUCCAUGGACACUUCAGAGAGCCUUGGUCUGGAUCCCUCCACCGAGGAGGUGAUCUUCAUGACCGCCAACCGAACACCCAGUCUGGAAGCAAGUGUCACCUCCGCGCUGGGCACCUCCUCGUCCUCCAACCCGGCCUCCGCCAUCCAACCUACGUCCUCCAAAGAACACACCACAACCACCACUACCACCACCACCACCACCACCAGCUCCACCUCAACCACUGUCCCGCCAUCUACUACGAGUACCACUGAAAGUGUGUCGCCUAAUAGUUCCAAUGCUAACACCAAUGCCACUCCGCUCGCCCCCUACCAUCCCCGUCCUGGGAUAGUCCUUGAUGACCCUGAGUUUAAGCCCGGCAGUCGGCCACGCCCACCUAUUCAGCGACCACCCACCCAGCAGACCCUUCCCCUGCCAGCGGUGCAGCCCACCCGCCAGCAUCUGCCACCCGGCUACGGGGAGAUCUUCGACGUCACGUUAUCCGCCAUCCAGGGACCGGGUCCCAAGGGCAGUGGCUCCCAGCAGACGAUCAACAUUAAGCCAUACGGAAGCUAUGCGGCGGGCGGAGGUCAGGGCGACAUCAUCGUGUCGGCAUCAGGUGACGACGGCUUUGUCUCGAUCGACGGCAAGCGCACUUACAUCAAUCUCUUUGGUGACCCCACAGAUCCCCCAGCGGGCGCCACAACGCCAGCCACGCGGCUACCCCAGUUGCCCGGCUCUGGAUCGGGCUCAGGAGCGGGAUCCACGCCGGGAGUUGGCGCCAGCAGUGUUGGUGGUGGCAGUGGUUCCUCCAUCUCGCCUGCUGCCUCUGCGAACGCAGUCACCCAGAGCAGUGGUGGCUAUGUGGUGCCCGAAACAGAGGUGGUGGACCUUCAGGGGCACAGCAAGCCCCAAGGCGGAGCGCCCACAACAAAUGCCGGACCCACGAGGCCCCAUUACCGCCAGAGGCCAACGCAGCCGCCGGUGAGGAUCGACACCUGCAUCGUUGGCGAUGAUUCCACCUGCGAUCAGGCGCAGCACGAGCGAUGCAAGACGGACAGCGGCGUCUCCAGCUGCCACUGCAGACCAGGUUACUCCCGGCGAAAACACAGGGAGCCGUGUCGGCGGGUCAUCUCCUUCCACCUGGGCAUGCGCGUGGACCGCAUCUACGAGCACCGGAUUGUGUGGGACACCAAGCUCAUGGACAAGCACAGCGAACCCUUUGGACAACUCAGCUACGAAUCAAUAAGAGCGCUGGACUCCGCCAUGUCCAUGACGCCCUACUCGGACGAGUUCAUGGAGGCGAAGGUGAACAACAUCUACCGGGGCGACCCCAAUCUGGGCGGCAGCGGCGUCUACGUGAACAUGACCAUCAAGCUGGAUGAAAGUGUGGAAACAUUGCGACCCAAUCUGCGCAGCGACGUUCAGAAGCAUCUUCUGGGUGUGCUCCACAGGCGGAACAACAACAUCGGCAACUCCGUGCUGUACGUGAGCUCUCCGGAGGGCGCUGUGUCUGCUCUGCAGGAUCUGGAUGAGUGUCAGUCGCCGGAGCUGAAUGACUGCCACCCCGGCGCCAGCUGCAGCAACACCUGGGGCAGCUUCCGCUGCGCAUGCGAGGCAGGACUUCGUGAUCCGUGGGCUGACCAGCCAGCGCGAUCUGGACGCGAGUGCCAGGCCUGCGCCGACUCCGUCUGCAACAACCACGGCACCUGCAGCUACGCGGAGGAUGGUGCUCAGGUGUGCACCUGCGACUCCAGCCACUAUGGCGCUCAGUGCGAAAUCGACGGCGAGGUGUUGGGCGUGGCUAUCGGCGCCUCCGUGGCGGCCAUAAUCAUCAUUGUCCUGACCCUGGUGUGCCUGAUCAUGUGGUCGCGGCGCUGGCAGCGCGAGCAGAAGAACGCCAUGGGUUCACCCGUGUUUGGAUACAUGAACACCGCACCCCUCAAGUCCGCUGGAUUGCCCCAGGCCGGCUACCAGGUGACCCUGGAGGACCGCAUGCGCUGGGCCCAGAUAGCCGACGUCAUGGCCCAGACGAAUCACUACGGGGCUGAGCCCAUCGGACCCACUAGACCUUCGUCGGCUAUGUUUGCCUACCCCAACCUGGGCGCCAUGGGAAUGGGCACCCUGGGCGGGAUGUCUCUGCAGAGCACCAUGCAGAUGCAUCCCAGUGCCACGCUGGCGCCUCCAGUGCCAUUGCCCAGACUUGGCCUGGGUCCCCGCUCAAAUGGAAUGCGCACUCUGGAGAACUCCAGUUCCAGCGAGGAGGAGGAUCGCGCCGACCUGCUGGGACGCAACUUCCAAGUGCCACGUCCCAAGAGUCGCAGCAAUGGCAGCAUAGCGAACCAAUCCGGCAUCUACUACGAUGUGGACUACGAGCCGUCCGGGAACGGGAUCGGCAACUCCAGCGUGGACCACCUGUACGGGUCGCAGAAUCAGUCCGUGACGCACUCGUCGGGCCACAGCCACAUCCCGGGACCCCAGGGCAUCCCGAUGAGCACGUACACCUCCGGGCGAGCUCCCAGCAGCUACUACAUGAAGUGACCCCUGGCCGAAGAGAACCCACAACACCAACCUUGUACAUAUGCAAUCUAGAGCUAGACUAAGGCGACUAAAACCCUUUUCCACUGCCAGUCCCUGCGGCGACUGCAGCUGAGACGCGUUUUUGAGGAUGAGAAUCGUAGACUUAGGACCAUAGACUUAGGACUAUAGAUUUAAGCGAUGCAAACCACAACUAAUCAUUACAUUUAAAGCUAUUCUAAACCUCUAAAUUAUUUCACUGAAAGUCAAGACCCGUAAAGUAGUUGCUCAGCUUACUAUGUUAAUAUCUGUGAACUAAUUAAGAUCACACAGUAGGAUGUCUAUUUAUGUAAAUAAAUGAAUAAAAGAUCAAAAUUUACCGACUUCAGCUUCACAGUGGCUGCAAAA